AAACCGAAGAAGAGUUGUUAGUUAGUUAUAAAGAGGAAAAUUAGGCGCUACGCCGUUGCUUCAACGGCAGCCAUGUCCAGCACCCAGCCACCGGCGGCGAUCCGCCCCUACCGCCUUCGUAAAAUACUCUCCAACCACACCCUCGCCGUAUCCUGCGUCAAAUUCUCCAACGACGGCUCUCUAUUCGCCUCCGCCUCCCUCGAUCAAACCCUAAUCGUCUACUCCACCCAAACCCUAACCCAAAUCUCCCACCUAAUCGGCCACUCCGAGGGCGUCAGCGACCUCUCCUGGUCCUCCGACUCCACCUACAUCUGCUCCGCCUCCGACGACCGCACCCUCCGCAUCUGGCUCGUCCGCACCGCCGAGUGCGUCAAGGUCCUCCGCGGCCACACCGACAGGGUUUUCUGCGUCAAUUUCAACACGCAGUCCAAUCUCCUCGUCUCCGGGGGCUUCGACGACACCGUUCGGGUUUGGGACGUCAAGACGGGGAAGGCGGUGCACGUGAUCCAUGCGCACACGAUGCCGGUCACGUCCGCGAGUUUCAACAGAGACGGCAAUUUGAUCGUUUCCGGGAGCCACGACGGCUCGUGUAAGGUUUGGGAUGCGGACACUGGGGCCUGGGUGAAGACGCUGAUUGAUGUCACGGUGCCGGCGGUGUCGUUUGCCAAGUUUUCGCCAAAUGGGAAGUUUGUCCUUGUUGCGACGCUUGAUGAUAAUCUUAAGUUAUGGAACCACGCAGCUGGGAAGAGCAUAAGGUUAUAUACAGGCCACACGAACAGAGUCUACUGCAUAACUCCAACAUUUUCUGUCAGCAGCGACAGCGAAAAGUUAAUUGUCAGUGGCUCCGAGGAUAAGUGUGUAUACUUAUGGAAUCUACAGGGGAAAAUGCUUCAGAAACUCGAAGGCCAUACAGAUACUGUUAUUUCUGUAGCAUGUCACCCCACAUUGAAUAUGAUUAUAUCUGCUGGACUUGAGAAGGACAAGACGGUGAGGGUCUGGGUUCAGCAAUAAUAUAUAUCGAGACAUAGUUAGCAAGCACUAGCAGUUGAAAUUCUUCAAAUCAUGGAGCUCUGUCAAACAGGGAUUUAAGGAGCCGAUUCCACCAAUCAUACUAUCCGGAGCUAUAUGGUGACAACUCUUCGGAUUAGACUAUAAUAACAUCGUGAAGCUGAUGAAGUUGCACCGUGCUGUUUUUAAGAAGAUUGGCGGGCAAGGCAAGCAGUAGAAACAUGAAAUAGCUGCAGUUGCUUUGUAAUGUGUAGUGGAAAUUGUUGCUGCUAAUUGAAACUCUCUUUUAAACCUUUUUCUUAGCUUGUUACUUUGUUUAUAGAAAUGAGUUCAAACAGAAGUAGUAUUUAAAUCAA